GCAGUCUCGCGCGCGCAGGCGCAGAGGCGACGGCGGAUGUUUACCGCGGCCGAGGUCUGAGUGGCGCUGAAGCUGUGGACUCUGCCUACGCUCCCGAGGAGCUGCCGUGGCGGCCCAAAGUGGCGGGCCGCGGAGCGCAGAGCUUUGCUUGAGUAUAAUCUUGAACAUGGGAGGUGCUGUGAGUGCUGGUGAGGACAAUGAUGAGUUGAUCGAUAACUUGAAAGAAGCCCAGUACAUCCGGACUGACCUGGUAGAGCAGGCUUUCCGAGCUAUUGAUCGAGCCGAUUAUUAUCUUGAAGAGUUUAAAGAAAAUGCAUACAAAGACUUGGCAUGGAAGCAUGGAAACAUUCAUCUUUCUGCCCCGUGCAUCUAUUCGGAGGUGAUGGAGGCCUUGGAUUUGCAGCCUGGGCUCUCAUUUCUAAACCUUGGCAGUGGCACUGGCUACCUCAGCUCCAUGGUGGGCCUCAUUCUAGGUCCCUUUGGUGUGAACCAUGGGGUAGAGCUUCAUUCAGAUGUGACAGAGUAUGCAAAGCAGAAACUGGAUUUCUUCAUCAGAACAAGUGACAGCUUUGACAAAUUUGACUUCUGUGAACCUUCUUUUGUAACUGGCAAUUGCCUGGAGAUUUCUCCAGAUUGUUGUCAGUAUGACCGUGUGUACUGUGGGGCUGGUGUGCAGAAGGAACAUGAAGAGUACAUGAAGAAUCUUCUCAAAGUUGGAGGGAUCCUUGUCAUGCCCCUGGAAGAGAAGUUGACCAAGAUAACACGCACAGGCCCUUCUGCUUGGGAAACCAAAAAGAUUUUGGCUGUUUCCUUCGCCCCUCUGAUCCAGCCCUGCCGUUCUGAGUCAGGACAGUCUAGACUUGUCCAGCUACCACCACCCGCAGUGCGCAGCCUGCAGGACCUGGCCCGCAUCGCUAUCCGUGGCAGCAUCAAGAGGGCCAUGCACCAUGAGGUUACCAAGGGAGGUGGAGGCGGAGGUGGAAGCUGCCUGAAGGGUACACCCAGGUUUAAAAGACGGCGAGUCCGAAGGAGGCGAAUGGAGACUAUUGUUUUUUUGGACAAAGAGGUCUUCGCCAGUCGUAUUUCCAACCCCUCCGAUGACACCAGCUGUGAGGAUGCAGAGGAGGAGAAGCGGGAUAUGGCAGAAAGGACCCCACGGGAGACCAAACCUGAGCCCCCAGUGAACUUUCUUCGCCAGAGGGUCCUACGUCUUCCACUGCCAGACCCCCUGAAGUAUUAUCUGCUGUAUUACAGAGAAAAGUAAGCUGUGGGAAAGUGGAGUCAGAGUGCCUAUGCCACUAGGUACUCAAAGAGAGAUGCUGGCUUGGUCCACUUUACUUUUCCCUUUCUUGGUUCUUGACUGUCCUAUAAAACUCUGACACAAAGGUGUGGGUUAUUUAAGCACAGUUGGACAACACGCUACAUAGAAGUGUUUUUCUUAAGUGGGGUGCAUCUAGUUGGCUCUGUCCCUUACCCAGGUGAACUUACAUAUCAUAGCUGGAACUGAAUCAGAUCCACUCUAUGUAAAACAAAAUUCAAGUUAUUAAAGUGUCACAUCUCACUCUGGCACACCACCACCCCAGCUUUAGUUUUAUGGCAUCAGUCUCUUAAUUACUGGCACAGAGUUCUGCUGACCUUUGUAGAUUUCUAGUUGGGGAAAUACUGUUGAAAAGCCUCUUUUAUUUUGAUCCAAUUAAUCAUAUCUUACAUGAAUUGCCAGCUAUAAUUUUUAAAAGGAAAGAAUUGAGGUUAGGGAAGAGGAAUAAAAGUAUAAAAGUAUAAAACUGCCAGUUGUCUUUCUGGAAUUUCAAAAGACUUCUAAGUAGUUUAUUAGUCUUUUUUUUUUAUAUACCUUUUAUUACCUUUAUCAUUGUCAAAUGAUGUCUUACAGAAUAUUCUGAAAAGAAAACAAGCUUUUUAAAGUUUUUUUUUAAAUAUGUGUAAAUGAUGAGCUUUUACCUAACCACAGGGAUGAUUAACACUCAACUGCAAAGAGUAGAACAUGUUUGUAAGGCAUUAACAGGUGAGUUCUCAAAACAGGUGGAGAGGCUACAGGUUAUCAUAGGCAAAGAAUGUUACAGAGCUUGUGCUUCUUGACUUCGGUUUGCUAUCUUUGUGAUCAUAUUAGAGUACUGAUUCAUAGAUUUUAUCUUUUAUAAUUCUUGAGGAAAGAAUGUUAAUUUUGUAAGUUUUCUUAAGAACAGAUACAUGUAUUUUACUAGCUUCAUUGCACUAGAGCAGUUUACCUUAGUGACUUUUGAAACCUGUCUUCUCUAAGCUUUUAGUGUUGAGCUUUCCACCAAGUUGUGGGAUUGGGAAAAAUGCAACUUCUCUGGCUAUCAGAUGGCAGAACUUGAAGUUACAUUGCUGAUUCCAAAAGUUGAUUCUUUAAAAACAAAACAAAACAAAAAAAACACUUUUUAAUCCAAAGAAAAGACUAGUGUAAAUUAUUAAUAACCCCAAAUUCAAGUAUUGAUGUAGGAUUAAGUGCUGAUAUUUUUUUGAUUCAUUUUAAGUUAGCUUCUCAUGUCUUACAGGGAGGGGUUUGGUGUCUCAAUUGUUUCUCCAGCUUAAAUGGUUAUUUUGGAUCUUUUCUGCUUUUUAAAAAAUUAGUUGAAUAAUUUUAAACACACAAUAGAGUCUGCAUGUAUAGCUGAGAAAGCAUAUAUUGUGCUACAUUGGUAAAUAAAACCUAGCUUUAAGAAAGUUCAUUGUUGUUUUUACCUGCCUUUUAACUCAUAGUUGGGCGCCUUUCUUACAGAAAUGCAUGCUCUAACCGGACUUGCUGAUGUCUUGUAGUUUGCAGAUUCUUGUUGACAGUACUCUAAUUGCUAGCUAGACUUCUAUGUUACAUAGAGAAUUUUGGAUAUACUAUUAAAUAAAUGGUAUCUGUGAAUCUGUUAGAGUAAGUGACUUGACAAUUUUUUUCUAUAAUUGAAUAUGGACUACACUUUUGAAAAACCACAUUUGCCUUUUUGCUGAAUUUAAAAAAUUAUAAUUAAUAAGCUGGGUGUGGUGGUGCACGCCUUUAGUCCCAGCACUCAGGAGGCAGAGGUAGGAGGAUCGCUGUGAGUUCGAGGCCACCCUGAGACUACACAGUGAAUUCCAGGUCAACCUGGGCUACAGUGAGACACUACCUUGAAAAACACACACACACACAAAAUUCCCAAUUUAUAAGAUGUUUCCUAUUAUAUGCUAAACUUUUCUUAGCAUUUUGAUGUGAUUUUAAAACUGAGUUCAAUUCAUAUAGUUGUAACACGUGAGAAGUAGGUUGGUGUUUAUCUUAUGAAACUAAAAGAAUAUUGUAUAUGAGUUUUCUUGUAAGUAAGCACCUUGCUACCAGAAUUCACUGUGUUCUCUUUUUAGACAGGUGAAUCAUAAUAUAGUCUGUUUGUGUGCAGGGUUGUUGUUAUAAACCACAUGCUUGACAACCGCUUAUGUUUCAAGUAGUUUGUAUUUUAAAUAUAUGUCUUUUGUUGUAAUAUAAGAAUAAAGGUCUGCAUAAAAAUAGGCUUUUCAGCAUGGAAUUUAUAAGAGGAAAAUCCAAUAAAUUAGAAACAUUGAUUUCAGUGAGAUGAUAGGCAUGGAAAAAUACAAGUUCAUCAAUAAAAGCAGUUAUGAUAUUGUGUUCUCAACAGUACUUUAUGUUCAGUGUUGGGUUGUUGACUACACUGUUUUAAUUAAAAAAAAAAAACACCACUUUCCUUAUUAGCAUGAGUUUUUUUCCACUGGAUAUUUGUAUUGUUUAAUUCUGUAAUAAUCCUGAAAGAUUGAAGGAAGACCAGCUAUUGUUCAUGAUUAAUGAGAAUCAGAAUUGACAGAUUGGAAAGAACUUUGAAGUGUGUCAUGGUUUGAUAUUUUAACAGUUUCCUCAGCUGUCUUAAAAUACAUCAAAGUAUUUAUUUGCUCCAAUUAGUAUGGUUCUUAUGUCAUCAUAUUCAUAUAUAAAUGUUUUAAGUCUUUUUGAAAGAUGUAUGUUUGAAUUGAAGAUAAAAUCUGAUUUUAGAAACUUAACUAAAAAUAAGCAUAAUUGGCAAAAUAAAUGGAUUGAAGAGUCUGAUCCUGAGAUAUACAAAGGAAGGAUGUUGUGGAGACUGGACAGAUAGUGUAGUGGUUUGAAUGAAAUGUCCUCUAUUGGCUCAUGUGUUUUGAAUACUUGGUCAUCAGCUGAUGAUAUUUUGGAGUCUUUAGGAGGUAGAGACUUGCUAGAGAUGUGCCACUGGGGCAUACCUUGAGACUGAUUAGUUCAGCCCAUCGGGUUUUCAGGCUAGCUCGCUCUUUCUGCUUUUUGCCUGCUGAUGUAACCAGAUGUGACAUUCUUCUUUCUGUUCUGUCCUGAUUUCCCCCCUCCCCCACCCAUGAUGAAACUUACCCUCAAAACUGUAAGCCAAAAUAAACCCUUUCUUUCCAUAAA